GUAAAGUGCAGUAGCUCGCAGUCCGUCGCGAACUCUUGUCGCCGCUGCAAAAGAAUAAAAUAUGUCGGGUUGUUCGGAUUUCGCGUAUGCGAACAGGGUGACAAUCACCACAACCUCCACCAAAUACCAUCAGGUCUCUUCACCUAAGAUCACCAAGCACACGGUUGCACCGAGUCAAUCGUGUCAGAAGAAAUCCUACACGGAUUUAUCCAAAGUCGUGACACUCGUUCAUGGAAGCUCCAACAUCACCAAACGCAUCGUCUCGAAGCUCAAGGGUCGAACCAUCGAUAAUAUCAAAAAGCAUUACAAUAGCAAAACAGAUGAUAAACUAAAAAUUGAAAAUAAAAUCUACAAGUUCGGCGAGAGGAACUCCGGUUUCAAUGCGCGCGGUGACGUGCAGGACUUCUACGAGCUUCGCGAUUACCACUACGAGAAUGGAAGCCUCUUCGAGGAUCCACAGUUUCCCGCGAGUGAUUCCUCGCUCUUCUACAGCCAGAGGCCGGAUCGCCGCAUCCAGUGGCUCAGGCCGCACGAGAUAUCCGAUGACCCUAAGCUCUUCGUCGAGGGUUUCUCCCGUUUCGAUAUACAGCAGGGCGAGCUCGGCGAUUGCUGGCUUCUCGCCGCCGCAGCUAAUCUCACAAUGUUCCGAAGACUGUUCUUCCAAGUUGUACCUGACGAUCAAGCCUUCGACGAAAAGUACGCCGGCAUCUUUCACUUCCGAUUCUGGCAGUACGGAAGAUGGAUCGAUGUUGUGAUAGACGAUCGUCUUCCCACCUACCACGGAAAAUUGGUUUAUCUUCACUCGGCCGAAGAGAACGAGUAUUGGAGUGCCCUCCUCGAAAAGGCUUACGCCAAAUUGCACGGAUCUUAUGAGGCUUUGAAGGGUGGUUCCACAUGCGAAGCCAUGGAGGAUUUCACUGGAGGAGUCACCGAGAUGUACGAUCUGGAGAACAGUCCUCCGGAUCUCUUCCAAAUCAUCAAGAAAGCUUUUGAACGCAGCUCCAUGAUGGGUUGUUCCAUCGAGCCCGAUCCGAAUGUGCUGGAAGCGGAGACAGGUGAGGGUUUGGUCAAGGGACACGCCUACAGCAUAACGAAAGUACGUUACGUGGAGAUCCGCACUCCCAAUACUUCGGGGAAAAUUCCCUUGCUGCGGCUGAGAAACCCUUGGGGUAAUGACACCGAAUGGAACGGGGCUUGGAGCGAUCAAUCUCCAGAAUGGAGGUUUAUUCCUGACCACGAGAAAGAGGACUUGGGUUUGAAUUUCGACGACGACGGCGAAUUCUGGAUGUCCUACAAGGAUUUCCAGAAGUACUUUGAUCGCAUCGAAAUUUGCAACCUGAGUCCCGAUUCGGUGAGCGACGACAGCGGAAAGCGAUGGGAAUUGUCUUACUACGAAGGGGAAUGGGUCAAAGGAGUAACGGCCGGCGGUUGCAGAAAUUUCUUAGAUACGUUUUGGAGUAAUCCUCAAUACAGGAUAACCUUGACUCAAGUGGAUGAAGAUUCCAACGAUAAUAAGUGUACGGUGAUCAUUGCUCUGAUGCAGAAGAACAGGAGGCAGCAAAGGAAAAUGGGCUUGGACGUGCUCACAAUUGGAUUCGCCAUAUACUAUCUUCCCGAUCCGAAUUCGGUGCCCAAACCACUGGACCGGAACUUCUUCAAGUACAACGCGUCGGUGGGGAGGUCACCUUCGUUCAUCAAUCUGCGUGAAGUGACGUGCCGUUUCCGUCUUCCACCCGGCACCUACUGCAUCGUGCCAUCGACCUUCGACCCGAACGAGGAAGGAGAGUUUCUGAUCCGUGUCUUCUCCGAAAACCAGAACCACAUGGAGGUGCACGAUUUGGAAGUUGGUUAUGGAAAGAAGGAGGCUAAGGCUCUUCAAGCUGUAAGACGAGCUUCUGCGGAUCCUGGCGAGACGAUCAAGCUGCAGGAUACCUUCUUGAGGUUGGCAGGAAACGCAGAGGAGAUCGACUGGAAGAAGUUCAAAGAGCUGCUGGCUAUAGCUCUGUCGAACGAUUGCUCAGAAAUUAGUCGUAAUCGUGUUGAGGAUGUGUCGGCCGCGCCAGGACAAACGGAGACGCAAGGAGAAAGUAAUUUGUUAACGUUGUUAUUGAAUCUCGUUUGCGGCGCGAUCUGCAAAGAUACGCCCUUAGCUGAUUUCAUUCCGAAAGUCGACGAAACUCCUUUGCUCAGCUCGCAGCCCAAAGAGUACAUGUUUAAAGGAUUCAGCAACGACGUCUGCAGAAGUCUCGUGGCCUUGGCCGAUAAGAACUGCUCAGGAAAAUUGGGUUACGAGGAAUUCGCCGAUCUCUGGGCUGACAUUUCCCAUUGGAUAACUAUCUUCAAGAAGUUCGACGUCGAUAAUUCCAAUAAUUUGAGCGGUUUCGAAUUGAGGGAGGCUCUGACAUCGGCUGGUUACUCUCUUAAUAACCACACGUUAAACAUCUUGAUGCAUCGCUAUGGAAACGGACAAGGCGCCAUGGAGUUUGACGAGUUCAUCAUGUGCAUCGUCAGAUUGAAGCACAUGAUCGACGCAUUCAAGGAAAGAGAUCCAGACGGAACGGACGAAGCCACGUUUCCGAUCAGCGAAUUCAUUGAUACGACCUUGUACUCGUAAGAUGCAUUGCAACGAAAUUCCAAGAGUGAAGUUCCUCUAAGUUUGCAUUCCCUUCUGAAAACGCGAAGGGAACGAUUGUUUAUCUUUUGUCGUUUACUAUUUUCAAAAAAAAUAAUAUAUUUCUACUAAAGUCUUCUGAUUAA